AUGUGGUAUCAGCAAAGUGGGCUUCUGCUUAUACGCCGUGCGACAGGCCUUCCAAAGCCAAUUUACCUUCGAAACGGAUGGAUGUCAACUUUGGAUUGGACACCCGCUCUGUCGCGGCAUCAUCCGCGAAAGCUCAGUUACCGUCAUAUGGUCAACACAGUGUCGCUCACAGCCUGCCCUCCCCAAUGGGCAGCUGGCUUUGCAUUUAGCCUCAACGCUGCAGCCUUCGUCGGAUUGACGACAGUUAUGCUUCCUCCUGGCGCAACCGUGAAUCCGGAGUUGAUAAUCCAAAUUUGCAAGCGUACAGGUAUCCAGGGCCUAAUCACGCCUCCAUCUUUGAUUGAGGAGCUUUCCAGGGAUCAGGCUGGGCUGGAACUUUUGAAGAGUUUCACCUAUAUUCUUUGGGUUGGCGCCGGCCUAAGUCAAUCGGUUGGCGACGCGCUGGCACCCUUCACUCACCUAGUCCCGGCUAUCGGAUCAACUGAGCGUGGACUUCAAAUCUCUUUUGAAACCGAAGAUACCAGAAUGUGGAAUAGCUUUGAGUUUAUCCCAGAAACAGGGCCUCGGUUUGAGCCUGUUGGUGAUGAUCUAUUUGAGCUGCACAUUGAUCGCAGUCCUGAGAGUGACAUGUUUCAGGGUAUCUUUCACACCCUGCCGAACCUCAACACCACCACGACUUCAGAGCUUUACUCAUCUGCUAUUGAUCAAUACGGCUCAAAAAGGUGGAUUUUCCAAGGUCGAAAGGAUGAUCUGGUGAAACUCGUAUGGCUUGCAAAGUUCCAUGCGACCCAUAUCGAAAACGCAAUUGCCAAGCACGAUCAGGUCAAGUCGGCACUUGUGGGAGGUGAAGGUCACGAUGUGCCAUACAUUAUCAUUGAGCCACAUGACCGCAGUACGAUAAUUGACCCGAGGAAAUUCAUUGACGAGAUAUACGGGCUUGUGAUCUGCAAUAUCAACCAAAAGGAUGAUGAAGCAAUUCAAAUUCCACGGGAAAUGGUCAUGCUGACCGACCCAGCGUUGCCAUUCAAGCGCACUUUGAAAAUGACAAUUCUGAGAAAGGACAUCGAGAAAUCUUACCAGGGUCAUAUUAAUGAUAUGUAUAAGAAAUGGGAAGCCCAAAAGGCAAGCAGUUAA